AUGGCUGGGUGCUCUUCAGAACUCGAUCAGUCUCGGAACGACAGGCGGAUCAAUGAUCUGCCCGACAGCGUUUGGCGCAAGGAGAGCAAGGAGGAAGCCAGUUGCUGGGCCUCACCGGAGGAAUGCUUGGUGGAAGCGCGUGGUGAUGCAAGCCGCCAAGGUCUGGGCAUCGGAUUUCCAGAAUGUGCGCGGUGGCACCGAAAUACCUGGAGGGAUACGGAGCACUGA